CUUUUUUUUUUAACCUGCGUCUCUCCUGCCAAUCGGCUGGCAGGGUAUUUCAGCCUUUCGAUUCCGUAGUGUGGCCGGGUGACACUCUUCAGGGGGCCUAAAAGAUGGCCCAAAAACUUCUACUCAGGCCAUUCCUCUCCAUACCUGCCAAGCAGCUCUCUGCGCCGCUGCGUUCCCAGCCCUCGUUGCUUCUGUGCAGGGUCUUGGCUGUGCCGUGCAACGUCACCUGGCGCCUGCCCUUUCCCUUCACUACUGUGCCUACAACUACUAGGACAUUUUCCACUACUCAGGUUUUCAGGCACACCUUUAACAUCCAGGAUGAGGAUGACUUUCAAGACAGAGUUCUGAAAAGCGAGAAGCCGGUGGUGAUUGAUUUCCAUGCUCAGUGGUGUGGUCCCUGCAAGAUCUUAGGCCCCAGACUAGAAAAGCUGGUGGCCAAACAGAACGGAAAGGUGUUGAUGGCAAAAGUGGACAUUGACGAUCACACAGACCUAGCCCUUGAAUACAAGGUUUCAGCAGUGCCCACAGUCUUAGCUAUGAAGAAUGGUGAUGUGGUGGAUCAGUUUGUGGGGGUAAAGGACGAGGAUCAGCUGGAAGCCUUCCUCAAGAAACUUAUUGGGCCCUGAGCAACUGAGGACAAAACUGUGUCAAACAUGCCCCAGGAUUCCUUGCAUUUCCCCUUUUCUUUUUUGAACCUAGUUCCUUGGGUAGGAAUGAGGAACAGUCCUGGAGGAGCUGGCCUAUUGUCCAGUUUUAGGAAGGAGCGGAUUGUGCCAUUCUUGCCCUUCCUUCUCCCUUCAGGGGAUGGUUGGUUGCUCUGCGGUGGAGGAAGAACAGAGUCUGCUGCCUGCUAGCAAAAAACCAGUAGCAAGAAAUGCAUGAUUCCUACAGAGAGUGCAUGGAGAAGCUUUCCCCACUCAUCCGCUCCAGUCUGUAUGCAGCAGGGCUAAUAACUGCUGCCUAUGAGAGAUGCUGGCCGAGUUGGUUUGAUAACUGGUUCCCCUGCUUCAUCUCACCAGUCUGUGUCCAUUUGCCCCACCCCACAAAAUCUCUGUCCAAGGGUAGCUCUAAAUAACCUGCAGCUCUUUGGUUGCUGGUCCCCCUUCUCCUGUUUAUAAACUGAAUAAAAAGAAACAUCAUUUGGAAUCUUUUUUUCUUUUUGGUAGAUCUGUAAUAAAGACAGCUUUAGUAACGACUUCA